AUGGCUGGCAGAAUGCUAAAAUUCAUAAGAGGGAAGGGUCAACAGCCCUCUGCAGAACGACAGAAACUUCAAAAUGAACUGUUUGCUUUUCGCAAGACAGUGCAACACGGCUUUCCGCACAGGGCGUCCGCCCUAGCUUGGGAUCCCCUCCUGCGGCUGGCUGCCCUGGGCACGGCGACGGGCGCCCUCAAGGUGUACGGCCGCCCCGGGGUCGAAUUCUACGGGCAGCACACCAACCCAGACUCGGCAGUCACCCAAAUCCUCUUCAUACCGGGCACAGGCCGCCUAGUAUCACUAUGUGACGACAACAGCCUCCACUUGUGGGAGAUCAACGAGAAAUCCCUCGUCGAGCUGAAAUCGCACACGGUCGAGGGCAAGAACAAGAAGAUAUCCUCGCUAUGCGUCGAGUCCACCGGCAAGAAUCUGCUGCUGGGCACCGAGGGCGGCAACAUAUACACCCUCGACCUCACCACCUUCGCGGUCCACGAAGACGUCAUAUACCAGGACGUCGUUAUGCAGAACUGCCCAGAAGACUUCAAAGUCAAUCCGGGGGCCGUGGAGGCGAUAUGCGAGCACCCGAAGGUGCCCACGCGCAUCCUUAUAGGCUACAACCGGGGCCUGGUGGUUUUAUGGGAUCGAGCCGCCUCUUCCCCCACCCACACAUUCGUCUCCAACCAGCAGCUGGAGAGCCUGUGCUGGAACGAUGAAGGCGAACAUUUCACGUCUUCGCACAACGACGGAUCGUACGUGACGUGGGAGGUGGCCGGCGCCUCCAGCGACCGGCCCCUCAAGGAGCCCAUCACGCCCUACGGACCUUACCCCUGCAAGGCCAUCUCCAAGAUACUCAUAAGGACCAGCGUGGACAACGACGAGAUCACCAUAUACGCCGGUGGCAUGCCGCGCGCGUCCUACUCCGACAAAUACACGGUGACAAUUCAACAGGGAGAAAAGCACGUGGCGUUCGAUUUCACAAGCCGUGUCAUCGACUUCUUCACAACCACUGCAGUGCCGCCAGAUGGCGUCCCAUUGCAAGAAGAGAGGCCAGAAACACCCGCUCAGAUAUCCGCGCAGACUGUCAACCAGGUCGCAGCGGCUUUGGUGGUGCUCGCCGAGGAGGAGCUGGUGGUGAUAGACCUGUGUGAUUCUCGUUGGAGGCCUCUACGACUACCCUACCUGGUGUCUGUACACGCAUCCGCCGUAACCACCGCCCAGCUCGUAGACAGCGUGGCGGCAAACGUCUACGAUAACAUAGUAGCCGCCGGCCAGCAGCAAACCGAGAACGUUUACUCGGAGGGGGCGUGGCCCAUUUCGGGGGGCGUGGUGGAUAGUGCCGAGGUGGGAGAGAGACAGCUGCUGCUCACCGGCCACGAGGACGGCUCCGUCCGCUUCUGGGACGUCAGCGGCGUCCCUAUGACCCCGCUCUACAAGUACACCACCGCGCAGCUCUUCAGCGGCGAGGAGAUUGGCGAGGGCAAUGACAGCCAGAACGACGAAGAGGAGUGGCCCCCCUUCAGGCGCGUCGGCACCUUCGAUCCGUACAGCGACGACCCACGGCUUGCGGUGAAACGGGUUAUCCUUUGCCCUCUAUCCGGCAUGCUCACCAUCGGUGGAGCGGCAGGCCACAUCGUCAUCGCCAGCCUUAAGACCUCGCCAAGCACAGCCGAAGUCAAAUCGAUGUCUGUGAACAUAGUGUCGGAUCGCGACGGCUUCGUGUGGAAGGGGCAUGACCAGCUCACGCUGCGCGCCGGCACACACACAUUCCCACAAGGAUACCAGGCGACGGCGGUGGCGCAGCUGUCGCCGCCGGCGGCCGUGACGGCGCUCGCCGCGCACUGGGAGUGGGGCGUGGUGUGCGCCGGCACCGCGCACGGGCUCGCGCUGCUCGACGCGCUCGCCGCCGCGCCGCUGCUGCACCGCUGCACGCUCAACCCGCACGAUCACUCCGGGGCGGGCGAUACGCCUAUAUCUAGGCGCAAAUCGUUCAAGAAGUCGCUUCGAGAGUCCUUCCGCCGGCUGAGGAAGGGCAGAUCGCAGCGUCGCCAGACCACCUCCGCCAGCCCCACGUCCCAAUCCCAACCGGCGGCGAAGAAGACGGGAGACAAGACAGCCGAGGCGGACGCCGAGGUGAAGCCGAUCGAGCGAGCGGUGGAGGCGCGCUCGAACGACGACGCGUUCGGCUCGAUGGUGCGCUGCCUGUACUUCGCGAGGACCUUCCUCAUCAACACACAAAACUCGACUCCCACAUUAUGGGCUGGAACGAACAACGGAACGGUGUACGCCUUCACGAUAAACGUGCCCAACACGAACAAACGGAAAGAGGAACCGGUAACCUGCCAACUAGCCAAGGAGAUUCAACUGAAGCACAGGGCUCCAGUUAUAGGCAUCACUGUUCUAGAUGGCGCCUCGGUACCACUGCCUGAUCCCUUGGAGGUGGAGCGCGGCGUGGCGCCGCUGCCGGAGCCGGGCACCCACCGGGUGCUCAUCACCUCCGAGGAGCAGUUCAAAGUGUUCACGCUGCCGUCGCUCAAGCCGCACAACAAGUACAAGCUCACCGCGCACGAGGGGGCCCGGGUGCGACGCACGGCGUUCGCGUGGUUCGAGUGCGGCCCUGGCGCGGGCGCGGGCGGCGAGCGGCACCGCGAGUGGUGCCUGCUCUGCCUCACCAACCUCGGCGACUGCCUCGUGCUCAGCCCCGAGCUGCGGCGCCAGCUCAACGCCGCCGCCGUCCGCAAGGAGGACAUCAAUGGCAUUUCAAGUCUAUGCUUUUCGAAACGAGGCGAAGCUCUCUACCUGCACUCUUCUUCAGAACUUCAAAGGAUUACGCUUUCAGCAACUAAGGUGACGGUGGCGGUGUGCCAGGUGCCUCUCUCGCCUUGGGCGGCCGCGCUGCGAGGGCCAGCAGAGGAGACCCCGAUCCCAAACGGCGAACAUAAGGAGGAGGUCCCAGAAGCGGCGCACGACGUGACCGCCGCUUCGGGUGACAUCACGGUCGACUCCGUUCGCGACCACACCGCGCCGGACCCGCCCGAGCUGAACAUCAACCUUCAGAACUCUCAGGUGAACACGAGCUCGAUGGUGGUGAAGACCACCACGCGGACGACCAUCAACGAGAGCGGCGCGGACGGCAACGUCACCAACACGACCACCACCACCACCAGCAACAACACUGCCGAAAACAUCCUAGAGCACAGUCGCGAGGAGGGCGUCAUCACGCGCAUCGAGACGGGAACGAUCACGGUGCCGGCCGGGACCGACCCCAAGCUGAUACUAGAGAUGUUUGACCGUCAGCGGUCGCCGCUCGCCGUGCCGGUGCCGCCGGCGCCAGCGGAGACCCAC